GUCUAGUCCUGCUACUGCUCUAUCUGUGAGAUUUGGAAUAUAUUUGGAAUAUAAAAGUAGAUAAAUUAAGAUGAAUAACAUGACACAAUUACUGUAGUAUUCCACUUGUUGAGUGUUACAUAAACAUCACAAUAAAGGCAAAGUGGUUCUUCCCUGUUGGUACUCCAGGAAGGACCACUGAGUGUCUGAUGAGCCUCAGUCCCUCAGUCUGGGUGUGAAAGAUGACCUCUGGCAGUCACUGCAGUCCAGUUUUAACACGUGGAACCAGUGCGUAAUGGAGCAUUCUCAUCCAUAACGCCGAGAACUUCAUUCUCUGCGAGAUCAGUGUGCAAACUGCGAAAUGUCCCUUUUACUGGGGCUUUAUUUUAAAUCUGAAAGCUUUAUAUUUCGAAAUAAGUGACGACUUCUGCUUUUAGAGCGAUAAAAUCUUGGUUUUGGACAAUUACGCAUGAGGAAGAGAAUAAAUCACACCAGCCCUCUGUUUCUUAUCUUGCUGUAGACAACAUAACUGAGAAUAACUUGGCUGUUGCGCGCAGAGAGUAGGGAAGGGGGCCACAAGGACAGUCAGUUAUAUAUUUAGACAUCUGCAGACAUGGAGAUAACAUUUCAGACUUGGAGCAGGACCUGAGCUGAUCGGCCAGAAUUCGCGCUGAGAGACUUUGGAGCCCUAAAACGUGUUAAUUUAACUUCUGGAUGCACCAACAUGACCUCCUCUCUCUCGGUGAUCUAGUCGGAUCCAGUCUGGGUGAAGCGGGCUUCGUGGUGCGAGAUAAUCGGCAGAUGAUGGGAGUUAAUGAGGCGGAGAUGCGGGAGGACAAACCCAGACGCGCUGCUCUCCAGCGACGACAGGUGCGCCACGAGUGAGCGAGAGGAGGACGAGACGGAGGAGCAGCCAGAAUAAAGAGGGUGGAGAGGCGGACAGCGAGCGGAGAGGGAAGGAGAUAAAUACAGCAGAGACGCUUCCCAGGUUUGCGCUAUGGAAACGGGGCAGAGCGCGCAGGUCGCCGACAUGGGAGGAGAGCACUCGGCCGGGGUGUGCUUACUGGAGCGGGACCGAGAGAGGGGCGACGUGUCCAGCCCCAGUCCUCCGGCCAAGCAGCGCUCCCUGCGGGUCGUAUAUGUCCUGAACGACGGGCUGAAGUCUGUGAUGGCGAGCAGCCCGGAGUCCGGAGCUCUGCAGUGUCUGCAGAGAGCCUGCGACUCGGAGAGCGCCCUGCUCACCACCGUCACGUUUGGGAGACUGGACUUUGGAGAGACGUCGGUGCUGGACAGUUUCUACGACGCAGACAUCGCGGUUGUGGACAUGAGCGACGUGUUUCGCCAGCCCUCCCUGUUUUACCACCUGGGCGUGAGGGAGAGCUUCGACAUGGCCAACAACGUCAUCCUGUACCACGACACCGACCCCGACACCGCCCAGUCCCUGAAGGACAUGGUGGCGCAGAAAAACACAGCAUCCAGUGGUAACUACUACUUCAUCCCCUACAUAGUGACUCCUAACCAUGAGUACAUGUGCUGUGAGAGCGAUGCCCAGCGGAGGGCCAGCGAGUACAUGCAGCCCAGCUGGGACAACCUGCUGGGGCCGCUGUGCGUCCCGCUGACCGACCGAUUCACCAGCCUGCUGAAGGACAUCCACGUUACAUCCUGUGCUUCCUUUAAGGACACCCUGCUCAACGACAUCAGGAAGGCCCGAGAGAAGUACCAGGGGGAGGAGCUAGCCAAGGAGCUUUCCCGGAUCAAACUCCGAAUCGACAACACGGAAGUUCUAACGCAGGACAUCGUCAUGAACCUGCUGUUUUCCUACAGAGACAUUCAGGAUUAUGAUGCUAUGGUGAAGCUGGUUCAGACUCUGGAGAUGCUGCCAACUUGCGAUCUGGCGACCCAACCUAUGAUCCAGUUCCACUACGCCUUCGCCCUCAACAGGAGGAACAGUCCUGGAGACAGGGAACAGGCUCUUGGAGUGAUGCUUCAGGUGUUGCAGUCCUGUGAACAUCCUGCACCGGACAUGUUCUGCCUCUGUGGACGAAUCUACAAGGACAUUUUCCUCGACUCGGACUGCAAAGACACCAAAAACAGAGACAAUGCCAUUCAGUGGUACAGGAAGGGCUUUGAGCUGCAGCCAACCCUCUACUCUGGCAUCAACCUGGCUGUCCUCCUCAUAGUUGCUGGUCAGCAGUUUGAGAGCUCCAUGGAGCUGAGAAAAAUAGGUGUGAGAUUGAACAGCCUGCUGGGGCGCAAAGGUUCUCUGGAGAAAAUGAAUAACUACUGGGACAUCGGCCAGUUCUUCACCGUCAGCAUGCUGGCGAGCGACAUCCCCAAAGCUACUCAGGCUGCUGAGAAACUCUUCAAACUGAAGCCGCCACUAUGGUAUUUGCGGUCAGUGGUUCAGAACCUGCAGCUCAUCCAACGGUUUAAGAAGCAGAUGGUGGAACAUUCUCCCCAGAGAGAGAGACUCGACUUCUGGAUGGACAUCAUCGUAGAGGCCACUCAGGGAACCACCAACAGACUGCGGUUUCCAGUUUUAAUUCUGGAGCCGACCAAAGUUUACCAGCCGUCCUAUGUGUCGAUUAACAACGAGGCUGAAGAGAAGAACGUCUCGAUCUGGCAUGUUUCUCCUGCUGAAACGAAAGGAAUCCAUGAGUGGAACUUCACUGCAAUGUCCAUCAAAGGCAUCAGUAUCAGUAAGUUCGACGAGCGCUGCUGCUUCCUCUACGUCCACGACAACUCAGACGACUUCCAGAUCUACUUCUCCACUGAGGAGCAGUGUGGUCGGUUCUGCUCCAUGGUGAAAGAGAUGAUAUCUGAUGGGACGGGGCAUGCUGUGGAGCUGGAGGGGGAAGGUGAUGGAGAUACGCUGGAGUACGAAUACGACACCAAUGAGACGGGGGACAGAGUGGUGCUGGGUCGGGGCACUUAUGGAGUGGUGUAUGCUGGGAGAGACCUCAGCAACCAGGUCCGAAUCGCCAUCAAAGAGAUCCCUGAAAGAGACAGCAGGUACUCCCAGCCCCUUCAUGAAGAGAUCGCCCUACACAAGUACCUAAAGCACAGGAACAUUGUCCAGUAUUUGGGUUCUGUUUCUGAGAACGGAUACAUCAAGAUUUUCAUGGAGCAAGUUCCUGGAGGAAGCCUGUCUGCGUUGCUGCGGUCGAAAUGGGGUCCUCUGAAGGAGGCGACGAUCGUCUUCUACACCAGACAGAUCCUGGAGGGGCUGCGAUACCUGCACGAGAACCAGAUCGUCCACCGAGACAUUAAGGGUGAUAAUGUGUUGGUGAAUACAUACAGCGGCGUCUUGAAGAUCUCAGACUUCGGAACCUCGAAACGGCUGGCGGGAGUCAAUCCCUGUACAGAAACAUUCACAGGUACUCUGCAGUACAUGGCUCCAGAGAUCAUUGAUAAGGGCCCUCGAGGCUAUGGGGCCCCGGCUGACAUCUGGUCACUGGGAUGUACCAUCAUAGAAAUGGCCACUGGGAAACCUCCGUUUCAUGAGCUGGGGGAACCACAGGCAGCCAUGUUUAAGGUCGGCAUGUUCAAGAUCCACCCGGAGAUCCCCGAGUCUUUGUCUCUGGAGGCCAAAUCGUUCAUCCUGCGCUGCUUUGAGCCCGACCCCCACAAGAGAGCCAUCGCCUCAGACCUGCUCAGAGACACUUUUGUCAGACACCACACCAAGGGCAAGAAGAGCAAGAUCGCCUUCAAGCCGUCAGACUACAUCCAUAGCGUGUCGUUGCCGGUACAGCUGCAGUGCGAAGCCGCCGGCAGCAGCAGCAGCGAACACGGCUCUGUGAGUCCGGACCUCGACUCCAAACAUGACGUUUUCUUCCAGAAAAAGAAAAGCUCCGGCUCCGAGAACCUGCUCAAACCGCCCAACUCCAACUACCUGAGUGUUCCCGAUGAGGGUUCGGUGUCGGAGGACCGCAGUGCUCCCCCCUCGCCUGAGGACAGGGACGGCGGCCUGUUCCUGCUGAAGAAGGACAGCGAAAGACGGGCGAUUCUGUACAAAGUCCUCAAUGACGACCAGGCUAAGGUCAUCUCCAACCUCAAGGAAAACCACAUCCAGGGCAGCGAGGAGCUCCAACUGUCUGUGGAGCACAUCAAGCAGAUCAUCUGCAUCCUCCGAGACUUCAUCCAUUCCCCGGAGAGGCGCGUCAUGGCGGCCACCAUCUCCAAACUCAAGCUGGACCUCGACUUCGACUCCACAUCCAUCAACCAGAUCCAGCUGGUGCUGUUCGGCUUCCAGGACUCGGUGAACAAAGUCCUGAGGAAUCAUCACAUUAAACCCCACUGGAUGUUCGCUAUGGAUAACAUCAUCCGUCGAGCUGUGCAGGCGGCGAUCACCAUCCUCAUACCGGAGCUGCAGACCCACUUCGGCCCGGCGUCGGAGUGUGAAGGAGCAGAGAAGGAGGACGAGGUGGACGAGGAGGAAGCAGAAUUCGGUCCAGUUUUAGCUCAUCACGCCGACGACCCCGGGACAGCCGCCGACCACGGACACCCCGCUGUCAUCACGCUAAGCUCCGCCCACUGCCAGGAGCAUCAGCGCUCGCAUCAUCAGCUGGGAGCUCAGCUGGGGCGACUCAAACAGGAGACCAACAGACUGCUGGAGGAGCUGCUGCAGAAGGAGAAGGAGUAUCAGCAGGUGUUGAAGGCGACGCUGCAGCAGAGAACUCAUGACCUGGAGCUGGUCAGAGUCAGACACAGACCUCCAGCGGACCACGAGCCGGACAAGCAGCUCACUGAUUGGCUGAAAGAGCAGGGGGCAGAUCCGGAUACUAUAGACAAGUUUGUGGUUGAGGAAUACACGCUGACCGACAUUCUCAGUGACGUUACCAAAGACGACCUCCGCUGCCUACGUCUACGGGGUGGAGUCCUCUGCCGGAUCUGGCGUGCCAUCCAGCGGCACCGAGAGCGAGAGAGGCAGACGAGCAGCAAACGCUCAGAAGAUGAUGCAUGACGGGGGCUGUUGGACUACGACUCUGUUUUGCAGAAAACACGCACACAUCCACACAUUACCAGCCCUGCAUGGCCGUCUUUCUUUUCUCUCUCUGUCUCCACGGUGCGUUCUCAUGUUCUAGUCUGUGUGUUGUAUGAACAGGACUGACUGAAUCCAUACAGAGUCCGACUUAUCCAGACCAAAGCGCUUCAGUGCAGGCACUACUGUAUGUAUCUUCAUGUGCAUUUUAGUGUUUACGUGUGCCUCAGUGUAUUCGUGCCUGACAAUUUCUAAAGAGAAACUUGUCCAAUCAAAUAUGGAAACGUUUUGAAGUCGUCUCCCACUGUUUCGUCGUGCUGUUAAACGAUGCUGCACAACUGAAAAGUGACUCUAUGGUUUGAUCCUCACAUACAGUUUAGGUUUUUACAUUGGGAAAAAGUAUCUAUAAGUCUAUAAAACACACUCCUGCUGGUCUAAUCUUGGUGUUUGCUGUAUAAUCAAAUGCUUGUCAAAACAGAUUCCUGCAUGACUGGAAAGUUGGUGAUCCCCGUGAUAUAAAGACUUAUCUAUUGUACCUGUUAGUCUUUAUUAUUUUAAGCUGACUUUCCUUUGAAGACAGGAAACCCCAUGAGUCACAGAUUUCCUGAUUAAAAUGUUUUAGGUAUUAAUAUUCCAGCACGUAGACACAUGCCAUUGACCCAUCAUCCCCGCCUUUAUAUUUGUACUCAUGUAAUUUAUUGGUUGUAUCUUUUCUCUUCUGUGUAUCUGUAUUUAUUAGUUGUUGUUUUUUUAAUUCCAACUAUCAUAAAUUGUUUAAUGUGCUUUACAGCUGCAAUAAAACUGGAAAUAAUUCAACUGUU